AUGAAGAUGGUAUCGGUAGCUCUGGUACUGAUACUGUUCGGAACUGCCUGCAGCAGCUACGCCAUCGACUGCAUGGAUGUGUGGGAUGACGAGAGCAUUACUGAAAUGGUUGAGGAUGAUAGACGUUACGAGGAAUCGCUCAAAGCUGGCCAUGAUCAGUACGAGGAUGAUGAGAACGACGAGCAUCCCGUGGACAAUGAAGACGGAAUCCUAGCAGGUUCACACGAAGAGGAUGAAGCUGGAGAUGGUGAUGGACAUGGGCACUAUGAUGAAUCAAAUGUAAAACAUUCGGAACAAACGCAACGCCAUAAGCGAGGGGCUCCACUCGCAGAGCAGGUGAUCGUCGGAGAAGCAAUGAAUGAAGAAUCGACAGAUUUGGAGACCGCUGAAACGCAUCUCUUCCGACCGGUGUUUCGAUACAAGUCGCAGUACACGGAAAGACGGCGAGUGAGAACAUCGAAUGGGGGUGACAACUUGGCACCCAUUCAAUAG